AUGGUUUCUGUUUCGGCCCUCCUAUGUUGGGUGAGCCUGACCCUUUCUGUGCUAGCCACCCAGCCCUGUUAUAACCUGGACGGCACCCAGGCCAAGGCCGAUGUCCCUUGCCCGGACGGCGAGACCUCGAACUGCUGCAACACAAAUGAUGUCUGCAUGUCCAACGGCCUCUGCUAUUUGCAAGGGAAACGAGGAUUGGGGCUUUCCCGUGGAAGCUGCACCGACCGCAGCUGGGGGGCAAAAUGCUAUUCCCCAUGCUCCAACGAUAAUCGGAACACCGGAAUUCCUAUAAUCAACGUCGGAUUCAACGGUAACAAUUCGGAAUAUUGCUGCGGUGCCGUGACGUGGGAUGGUAAGGCGGGAUGUCUUCAUGGUGGUGAUUCGUUCCAACUGCCCUUCGGACGCGCCAUCGCCGGAGUCGCCGCUUUGGCAGAGCAUGGAAACAGCGCAAAUGGGUCCAGUUGGAACAGUAGGACAAAGGAGCCGGAGCCAGCGAGUUCGAAUCACGACGUCGCCAUUGGUGUGGGAGUGGGUGUGCCGCUGGGCGUACUGGCCUUGACUGCCGUUGCUUGGGCUCUGUGGGAACGACGAGCCCGACAGUCGCUGGCACGUAAUAUUCCUGAUCGCAAUUAUGCUCCGAUUCCAUGA